AUGAUGUCAUCGGAUGAGGCCGUGACGUCAGCAGCGAACAGCACGGUUGUAGCAGCAGCCAAUGGGGCUUCAGCGGCUUCGAUCAGCAAAGAAUCACUGAAGGGAAACCCAACAGACCGGCCUAUCGAGCUGGGAUUGAAGGAAGAACAAGUGGCAGAGGCAGCAGGUCCCACUGUAACAUGGCCCUCCCCUUCCCUCUCGGCUUGCUUCUCUUCGCUCCUCUCCGCCCAUCUCUCCACCCCCUCCGCCCCAAACCGCCUGGUGCUACGCUCAGUCUGCUCCCAGCGCCCCCUGCUGCUGCUCGUGCUGCUCAGUGCCCACACGGCUAUGGGGUGGGGGUUAUGUGGGCACGCUGGGAAGGGUGGGGGGAAUGAGGAAGAAAGUAAGGGGGAGGACAGUCUGAAGGAAGAAAGGGAGGAGAAUGAAGGGGAAGAGGGUGGUUUAAGGCGAGUAGUGAAGCUCAUGUGCAAGCCUGUUGCUGCUGACAGCGAUGCCGCAAGUGAAGCAGACGAGUGGGGAGCAAAGGGCUAUGCAGAGGACGUGUAUGUGAUGCCGGUGACUGCAUUGGAGCUUCAGGGCUGUCUGAACGAGAAUUCUCUGCUGCUGCCGCCCACAUGCCGCGAGUUCAAUGGCUUCACUGUUUCUUUUCUGCAAGUAUAG